AUGGGCUUUGAAUCGAAGGAUCUUUAUGACAGUGAUAUUCUCGGAAGUCUGGAACCCUAUACUGCAAAAAAACCGUGGUUGUUCGAGCCAGAUGAACAAUUAGCCGCGGUUGCUAUAACCAAGAAUAAACUGGUGAAGAUGGGUAGAAGCAGCCGCGAAUGCAGCGUUGUAUUGGACCACGCGUCUGUUUCAAGCGUGCACUGUGUGUUUUGGGCUAUAAGAUUUGACGAUGACAGCGUUCCGCUUUACUACGUUAAGGAUUGCUCAUUGAACGGAACUCAGCUCAACGGGCUGUCGUUAAAUCGAGGUCAAACCUGUCUACUAGAAGACGGUGAUAUCAUAACGGUUCCCAACGCAGCAGUAUACCGUUUUGUGGCUCAUGUCAAACUUACGACUUACGACCUUGUUGAACAAUUGGGAUUUCAGGCAGAUAUCGAUGAUUGGCACAUCACUUCCAAAAUCGUGGGAAGCGGGACUUUUGGUCACGUCCUAGUCGCCAAAAGCAGAGAACUUGUAAGAUCCACCCAUCAGGCACCAAAUUACGCUGUCAAAGUGAUCAAAAUGAAGCCCAGCAGGUUGGAUGAAGAGGCCGAAAUAUUACUCAAGCUCUCACAUCCCAACAUUAUCAAGGUUCACAAAACUUUUGCCGGCCCUUGUGACAAUCUGUAUAUCUUUCAGGACCUGAUAACUGGCGGUGAUCUUUUCUCGUACCUCGCCACAUCAGACUGUUUGUCUCCAGUCUCCGAAACAGAAGCGCUGCUCAUAGUGUACCAAAUUUUGCAAGCACUUCGAUACUUGCAUUCUGAGGGCAUUGUACACCGCGAUUUGAAACUGGAUAAUAUACUUCUUUGUACUCCGGAACCCUGCUCCAGAAUCGUUCUGGCAGACUUUGGAAUAGCAAAAGCGUUGUCGUCUCCACGAGCUAGGAUGCAUACAGUUGUGGGAACCCCAGAAUACUGUGCCCCUGAAGUCGGUUUUAAAGCAGACAGAACAGCGUAUAAGCGCUUUUCGCGAGCAGCCAGCUUCGAACAGCAAGGGUACGACGCAAAAUGUGAUCUAUGGUCUUUGGGAGUCAUCGCACAUAUCGUUCUUACUGGCAUAUCGCCCUUCUAUGGCGACGGAUCGGAGGCCAGUAUAAUCCAUAAUGCCAAGAUGGGUAAUCUCAGUUUCAAAUCCAAUCAAUGGAGUGCAGUCUCCGACCAUGCCAAAAGUUUUGUUCGCCGUCUCCUUGAGAUUGACGUUCAUACUCGUCUCGACAGUCUUUCAGCUUUCAAUCAUCCUUGGAUUGCAAGACAUAAGGGUAGGCUCGAAAAGAUAUAUCAGAAAAGGAUUGUACAGGAUACUGGCAUCACGUCCAAAACCGAAGAGGUGACUUGGAAAAGAAAAAUACCCAAAACAGUCAACAUUUGUUUAGCUGACGAGCCAAAGAAGAAGAUGGCUAAAAUUCAGCUUUGA